AUGGAUUCAAAAACAGGCGCAUUCCACCAUGACAACUUGGGUAUCCCCGAUACCUCUAGAGUCAUGUCGCUCUUCUCUCUGAAGGGCCGUACAGCUAUCGUCUCUGGUGCAGGUGCAGGUAUUGGUCUGGCUAUCGCUCACGCACUCGCUGAGGCUGGGGCCAAUGUGGCUAUCUGGUACAAUAGCAACAAGCAGGCCAUAGCUGAAGCCGAGAACAUUGAGAAAACAUAUGGCGUCAAGUGCCGAGCAUUCCAAGUCAACGUCAUCUCUCCCGAGGCGGUUGAGCAGGCCAUUAACGACAUUGUUGCCGAGUUCAACGGCCGUCUAGAUGUUUUUGUGGCUAACAGCGGUAUCGCCUGGGAAGACGGCACUUUCAUUGAUGGCCCUACGGAGAGAGCCCGUCGUGUUAUGGAGGUCAACGUUGACGGCGUCAUGUGGUGCGCCAGAAGUGCAGGAGCUCAUUUCCGAAGACAGAAGAAGGAGGGCACGACAUUGGAUGGAAAGAAGUUGACAAACUUUGUGGCGGGUAGCUUCAUUGCUACAGCGUCGAUGAGCGGAAGCAUUGUGAACAUCCCUCAGCUACAAGCUGUGUACAACGCUUCAAAGGCUGCCGUCAUCCACUUCUGCAAAUCUAUCGCCGUCGAAUGGACAGGCUUUGCCCGCGUCAACACCGUAUCUCCAGGAUACAUCAAGACCGAGAUCACAGACUUUAUCAGUGAGGAUGUCAAGAACGUCUUCAAGGAGAAGACAGUCGCCGGACGUCAGGGCGAGACUGGAGAGCUCAAGGGAGCUUAUUUGUACCUGGCUAGUGACGCCUCUUCUUUCACGACUGGUCAUGACUUGAUUGUUGAUGGAGGUUACUGUUUGCCUUAG